AUGCUCUCGUCUCAUGCUCUCAUCUCAUUCGCUCGUCUCAUGCUUGCCAUGCUCUCUCUCUCACUCGCCUCCCUUUCCAUGCGCUCUCUUCAUGCCAGCCCCUUUACAUGCUCGCUAUCCCACCCACACCAACCCCAGGGACCUCGGCUGAAACCUCUUUCAGGCGCGCCUCUCUACAGUCGCGCAACAUACAUCCGUCUUUCUUUCUCGUACCUUCACCCCGCUUUCCACCACCCUUCCAUAUUCUCGCACCCACACCACUCUCUCACAUGGACCUCAGCUCAGUUACAACCUGUUUCACAUGCCAUCCCUCCUUCCACCCCCCGUCACAUCCUCUCCCACCCACACCACCCCCAGGGACCUCGGUUACAGCCUCUUUCAGGCACGCCUUUCCACGUUCAUCUCUCCCCUCACUGCCUUACGCGCAUCUCAUGGUUUCCAUCCUCUCCCCUCUUCCAACCCCCAGCGACCUCGGUUACAUUACAACCUCUUGCAAGUGCGCCUCUCCACAUUCUUUGCACAUGCCAUCUUUCUCCUCUCUCACAUGCCAUCCCUCCUUCCACCAACCCCUUUCCAUCCUCUCCCCUCUUCCAACCCCUUUCCAUCCUCUCCCCUCUUCCAACCCCUUUCCAUCCUCUCCCCUCUUCCAACCCCUUUCCAUCCUCUCCCCUCUUCCAACCCCUUUCCAUCCUCUCCCCUCUUCCAACCCCUUUCCAUCCUCUCCCCUCUUCCAACCCCUUUCCAUCCUCUCCCCUCUUCCAACCCCUUUCCAUCCUCUCCCCUCUUCCAACCCCUUUCCAUCCUCUCCCCUCUUCCAACCCCUUUCCAUCCUCUCCCCUCUUCCAACCCCUUUCCAUCCUCUCCCCUCUUCCAACCCCUUUCCAUCCUCUCCCCUCUUCCAACCCCUUUCCAUCCUCUCCCCUCUUCCAACCCCUUUCCAUCCUCUCCCCUCUUCCAACCCCUUUCCAUCCUCUCCCCUCUUCCAACCCCUUUCCAUCCUCUCCCCUCUUCCAACCCCUUUCCAUCCUCUCCCCUCUUCCAACCCCUUUCCAUCCUCUCCCCUCUUCCAACCCCUUUCCAUCCUCUCCCCUCUUCCAACCCCUUUCCAUCCUCUCCCCUCUUCCAACCCCUUUCCAUCCUCUCCCCUCUUCCAACCCCUUUCCAUCCUCUCCCCUCUUCCAACCCCUUUCCAUCCUCUCCCCUCUUCCAACCCCUUUCCAUCCUCUCCCCUCUUCCAACCCCUUUCCAUCCUCUCCCCUCUUCCAACCCCUUUCCAUCCUCUCCCCUCUUCCAACCCCCAGGGACCUGGGUUACAACCUCUUUCACGCGCGUCUCCUCACAUUCGUCUCGACCCUCACUGCCUUGUCGUCCCUCAAAGACCUGUUCCUUCACUAUAACUGGUUCAUCGGCUCUAUCCCGUCGUCACUCUUCGCCCUACCGUCACUUACAGGCCUAGGUCUCUUUUCCAACUAUCUCACGGGCACCAUCCCUCCCAUCCCCUCAUCCCUCGUGGGCCUUGACGUUGCUUACAACUUCCUCUCCGGCUCGCUCCCUCCACACUCCCUCAAAUUCUGCGCCGCCGAGAACAACUGCUUCUCCUCCUCCCUCUCCUCCUCGUGCAAUUUCUACGGAACGAAGCAGAGGGCAGCAGCGGAGUGUGCUGUGUGUGGGAUGGGUGAUGCUGUUGCAGGAGGGAGUGUGUGCUGGGAUGGUGUGUGCUCAGCAGACGCUGCAGCAGCUGCCUCUCAGGGCAUUCCCAAUGGGCCCACGCGGCCCACUCUUGCCAUGACCUGCGUUGGCUCAACUGUCGUUUCCAUCCGCUCCUCCUCCUCAUCUGCUCUCCUGGCCCUCAAGUCAACCCUGGGAGUGACCCACACAACAUGGGUCUCAAGCAUGCCCUGUGCCAUUGAUGGCACCAACCCGUGGCCUGGCCAGACAUGGUCGGGCGUGCGCUGUGAUGCCACGGGCAAUGUGACUUUCCUGGACUUGAGCUAUCAGCAGCUGAAAGGGUCCCUCCAUUCAGACAUCAGCAAACUCACUACUCUCACUCACCUUAGCCUCCAUGCCAACCUCUUCUGGAUGCCGCUCAGAAGCAUAUUCUCCCCCCUUUCCACCCUCACCAACCUGAAGACUCUUCAGCUACAGUACAACUGGCUCUAUGGCUCCAUGCCAGCUGCCCUUCUGGCACUGCCUCGCCUCACAAGGCU